UCAACUCCAGAUCGUUGUGCCCAUCAUCAUCAAUAUAACUUUGACCGAUAAAUCACAUUUGGAAUAAAUAAAAGGAUAUCUAAUCGAAAAUGGAUAAACCUCUGUUAUCAAAAAGCCGACGAAAACUCAACGCCUUUUUUUCACUUCUGAAUUUAUAUUAAACUAGUGAAAAAAAUCCUACAAUUGCAGCCAAUUCGAUUUUCUCCAGAAUAGUCGCCAAUUCGGUACGAAAUUACACCGCCACGAUCAAUAUCACAAGGGAGACAAAUUGGAGGAUCAAAAUUUAUCACUUCAACGAUAUUUAACUAUCUCACCUUCAGGAUUGACAUCUGAAAUUGGUAUGUGGGCCAGUGGGAAUCACCGAACAUGCCGAAGAAUUACGUCGUUACGUUGAUGAUAUGGUGGGCGAUGCACGUGGUUGUCUGUGGAAAACUGGAGCGAAUUGCUCUCGAGUCUCACACUGUUCUCGAUGACUUCAGUGGAUAUCACACUAUAUCAAUUGUUCACUUUCACGUACCAGUGAAUGUAAUCAACAGUCUGUUCAAAUUCACAGCGAAAGAGCUCAAAACCGGUGGUAUCGGUCGUUGCCCCCCUCGAGAUGUGACUGUUUAUUUGAAAUACGGGAGUAUAGCCCUGGGGAGUCCAGACGGAUCGAAAAUUGGGGCUAAGUUGUUUGAGAGAAGGAGGACGUUUUCUAAUUUCACAUUCAAGAGUGAACUUGAUGAAUAUGAACUUCAGAGGCCUAACCCAGCUCCAGGAGACUGGUAUGCAAUUGCAUUUAGGUCCUGGAGUGAUCCUGAUUCUGAAAAAAUUACUCAGCAAGGCAUUGGUGUAACAUGCUCAACGGUUUUGGAUUCAGAGUUGGCAAUAGAGAAAGCGAAAAUCGCUAUAAUAAUUGACCCGACUCAGAAUCAUACAAUAUUUUUGAAUGAAACAAUUAAUUCAGCGCGAUUGCAAUUCCUCGUUUCUGAGAGUAAAGAACCUGUAAAUAUUUCAAUUUCCUCAACUUGUGCAGAUUUGUGUACAGUAUUAGCGAAUUUGAUUGUGGAGGACGUCGUGACGAGUGUCGUGAUUAAUUUCACACAUAAGUCACUAUCAUUCAUCCCAUAUCCAGGAUAUUUUCAUUAUCUAAAUCUGCGGCAUCUCGCCGGGAAUUCCACGAAUAUCACAUUGUCUUUCGUACAGCCUUCCGAGGAGCAGAUAAGACAAAAUGAAAUCGAGUUAGUGAGGAAAACUCUACCGGAAUUCUUCACGUUUGAUUACGACUUUUUUAGAGAAAACUCAACAACCGCAACUCCAGUAAACAUUUCUAGCAAUGGAUUGACUGUUCUCAGCUUUAGAAUCGGUUCUAUUUAUGAUGUCGGUGGAACUUUGUCAAUUGGAAUCAAAUUAUUAAACGAAAGCCGGGAGACUGUAGUUGUUGGAUGUAUAUCAUUAGGGACUUACCCAACAAUCACCGAAAACGGCAGCUGCACCAUCUCAACCUCCAUUAUACCCGCCGACCUGUGGAUCAAUUCUACCACCCCCCAAUUCCUGCACGUACCUUUCCCAGAGCCAGGCACCUGGCACUUGACCUUGAAAUCUUUUACAAUUCCCUCCAACUGCACAUGCAUCCCCUGUACAUUCCUGUCGUGCUCCUGCAGUUGCAUGCAUCCGGCUUCCACUCAAAUUGAAUCCAGCAUAGGUUCCUCUCCCUGCAUCGAAGGAAAAUGCAGUUCCAACGGUAAAUGCAACACCUACUUGCACAGUGGGGGUUUCGCCUUCUCAGCUUGUUACUGCUAUGGAGGAUACAGAGGAUUCGACUGCGCAGAUGACACAUACGUCCUAACAGGAGGCAGAAUCCUUGUGAGAUUCCUGAUGCUCACUCUCAGCAACCUCGCAUUUAUAGCGUCGGUUUAUAUAGCAUUCAAACGAGAGUAUUACACAGAGGCGGUUGUCUAUGGGGCUGUAAUGUUCUUCUCGACGUUUUAUCACGCCUGUGAAGCGGGGGGAGAUGUCAUGGGCGUCUGCAUCACCAGACUUAGUGUUCUCCAGUUUUGCGAUUUUUACAAUGCUCUUUUGUCUAUCUGGGUGACACUGGUAGCAAUGGCAUCCAUCGGUUCCAAGCUUACAGCAUUUUGUCAAAUAGCAGGAGCAAUUGUUCUUGCAUUAGCAGCAGAAUUAGAUAGAACUGCUCUGUGGGUAUUCCUGCUGCCUGCUGUCACCGGGUUUGGACUCAUUGGAUUCUCCUGGGGUUCCAGGUGUAGAAGACAGAGAAACUUCGGAUACCCUGCCUCAAGAUACAAAAAUAUCUAUCUCCCUGCAGGGCUGGGGCUUGUUUCCCUUGGAUUAAUUUGUUAUGCUUUCCUCCAAACUAGGAGAAAUUAUCACAUUAUCCAUAGUUUUUGGCACAUUUGUGUUGCCCUUGGCGUUGUUCUGUUGUUGCCCAAGAGAAAACACAUGAAAUAGUACAGGACUUCGCUGGAUGACGAUGACGAGAGUUAUGAAGAAGCGAUUCACGCGUUCUCGUCACCCGUCGUCAGCGAUUUUGAUAAUGAGUGCGAUCUGAGUGAUUCGUUCCUUCACGCUCUUGAUGAUUGAUAUGAGGGGGGCUGUGAUCGUCGGGAGGAAGGGCGGAGAUAUUGCAGGGAAAAUAUAGAAUUAAUUGGGGGAGGGGGAGUGGUGAGUUAGUGGUCUAUAACAAUUCCAGUUCACAUAUCUUGUUUUGUUAUUUCAUUAAUGGAUUAGCCACAGAAUGGAAACAAACGAGCCGAGUCGGGUUAUCAGGAUGCGUUUCGCACAAACAUCUCCGAUUAUAAGGGGAGACUACUAUGAGUUUUAAAAUAUUUUUCAUACAUUGAAGACCGAUUAUAUGUGGUUAAAAAUGA